AUGGCUGCUAAUUUACAAGGCCAACGUCAUACUCGUCCUGCUGCCCCUUUUCUUCUCGAUACGACAUUUAUGAAUAAUACAUUGAGCGAAUCUAAUAAUAUGAACAACUAUUGUGCGGGGCUUUAUAACAACUAUCAACAGGAAGGCUUCAAUUCAAUUCAAAUGGCUGCCAAUUUACAAGACCAAAGUCAUACUCGUCCUGCCACCCAUAACGCCGAUACGACAUUUAUGAAUACUAAUAACAUUAAUACAUUGAGCGAAUAUAAUAAUAUGAACAACGAUUGUGCGGGGCUUUAUAACAAUGUCUAUCAACAGGAAGGCUUCAAUUCAAUUCAAAUGGCUGCUAAUUUACAAGACCAACGUCACACUCGUCCUGCUGCCCCUUUUCUCCAUAAUGCCGAUAUGAAUACUAUACACUACGGAAAUACUAGAAAUCGUACAACAUCAUAUUCCCCAAUCUCUUAUUACGAUGGUGUUGACGUCUCCAUGAAUGAGCUAUUGAAUCCACCGAAUUUCAAUCAAGUCGCAACUCACGAAAACAGCUCCUGUCCAGUCUGUGGCUUCUCCAACGGACAUUUCGAUAAUAUCAAUCGAUCUAUUACGCAUACCGUUGCGCAAAACUUUAACGCAAUGAACGAACAUGUGGUUAUAAGAGAAGUGCGAAUUCAAUUUGCGUUAGGCACGGUACCAGCUACUGCUAGCUUUGACAAAGUGUUAGCGUUAAUUCGAAAGUGA